GACCCACAAUCCUUAUUGUCGUUAUCAUUAGCUAAUAGGUUCCUACAUCAUGCAGCCACCGAUGACGCUACAUGGAGACGUGCUUUUGCAUUCAGUUUUCUAAGUUUACAACCCACAGAAGACAGUAAUAGUUCAUCUGAUAUUCUCACUUCUAGAAUAGCCGGGAGGUCUAGUACCUGGAAGGAAGAAUUCAUUAAACGUUCAAUGUAUUUGCGUAGAUGGAAAAAGUCAAAAGCUCCAAUUAUAACUCAUAAUCCUAGAGUGGCUACUAUCCAUAGAAUUUCUUUAGAUUUAUCUACUUUAACGAAUCCUGAAUUAACGCCUCGAAGACUAGUAUCAGCGUCUCUUAUUCAUUCUUGUUUGACUAGAUCUGAACCUUUUAGUGGAAAAUUGGCAAAAGGAUACAUUUUAGCGCCAGGUAUGACACCUAACGAUGCUUCUACUUUGGAACUUUCAAAUGAUGGUCGUGUAAUUUGGGGUUUUGCUAGUGGUUUUGUUGGUUUUACACAAAUUGCUAAAAGUGCUCUACAACAUGGAUCAGGAGCUGCUUCCUCUUGGGGAGUCAGAGGUAGUGGUUUAGCAACACAUCAAAAUACUAGUGAAGAAUUUCACUUUGGGCCGGUCACUUGUCUAUCACAUCCUAGUUCUAUCGCAUCAAAAUACAAUUGGGCUUCGUCAACAUUUGUUAGUGGUGGCAUGGAUGGUGUUGUUAAACUAUGGUCUAAUGAGCCUGAAUUACGUUGUAUUUGGAGUUCGGAUAUCAAAUACUUGACUAACUCUAAAGGAGAAAAACUUUCACAGGUAGAUUCUGUAACUCAGGUCUCCUAUGAUAGUGUAACAUGCUCAAUUGCUGCUGGUUAUGAGAGUGGCACAGUCAUAGUUUGGUCAAAUAUGCCGAUUGAAGCAUGUGUCAGCGAAGGAAGUAUUCAAGAAAGAAUUGAAAACUGUCCUGUUUCUUAUGUUGCCUCGAAUAGUCACAAGCAGUACUUACCAGUCUCAAAAUUAUUACUAGAUACUCAAGACCUUAACAGAAUUAAUUUAUUGGUCCAUCGUAAGCGUGAAAGCUUCUUUGAAAGACAUGAUAUUAUAAACAAGACUAUAUAUAAGUAUGGUUCUGGCCCAUUGGCCGAACUCACGUGUUUUUAUCUCAACACUGAUCUCAGCAUAUCUUCGCCAUUAGCAACUCCAGUGCCAAGCAGGACUGCAUCCACUGAUCGUAACCUAUCCGACGCAUUAGAUAUAGGCUCGCAUUAUUAUGUCAAUGAUCAAAUGUUAAAGCAUAAAAGAGCAAUCGUAGCAGGAGAUGCUAGUGGAAGGACGUGUAUCUGGGACUGGGAUACUAAAUCAGAUGAAAUCAUUCAUCCAUUAAAGAUCUUUGACGGACAUCACGCCAAAAUUACUAGUAUCGCACUAACUCCUUUAUUAUUGAUAACCGGAAGCGCUGAUGGUUUGGUAAUCGCAAAUGAUCCACUUACUGGUGAAUAUGUCAGGUUCUUUAAUCAGAAUUCGUCAACGCGUCAUUUGUCUAGAUUUUUAGCUACAAAUGAUGCAACCGUAGAAGAUGAAAGCGCUUUCGCUGUUAAUGGAAUAGUUGCUAACGAGUUUGCUAUUGUAGCGUCAGUUGGUAACAAAAUUAUUGCUUGGAAAGCGGGUGGUGUUAAAGAUUUCAAGACAAGAGGCAAAGGAUGGAGAGGUUCUAAUAAAAGUGUGGCCCAGAAAUAUCAAUACUCCUCUGACGUACGCGAUGAAAUACGCGAGUCUCUUGAAAUGGAAGAAGAAGAAGGCGAUGACAUAAUCGAACCGACCUUACCUGAGAAAGCAUUGUCAAGACUAGAUGAAUUAGGUUUGGACGAAUCAGAAACUCUUGAUUAUGUCAUGAUGAUUAGUAGAGAGGAAGAAGAAGUCGAGAAACAGAAAGAUGAAGAAAUGGCGGCUAUACUGGAGGAAAUUAGGCUCAAUGAAGAGUGUGAGACGAACGACAAUAGUGUGGUAGGUUCAUCGUCUCUUCAGACAAAGCCCAGUACAUCAGUUGAACAAGCAAGUAACCAUAUAAUGUCAAAGAAAGAAGGAAAGAAAAGUGAAUAUGCACAGCCAACUGAAAGUUUAGAUGAAACUUACCAAUAUGAUGACUUUGCCCCUGGGGAUGUGUUUCCGCAGGGAAUUGAAGACGCAGAUAAUGUUAAUGAAAAUGAAAAUCAGGAACAAACGUAUGAAGCGCAACUUAAAGCAGCUAUUGAAGCCAGCUUAAAAGAGCAAUAAUUUCCGGAUAGUGUUUGAUGUUUG